UAUGCAGUUGCUUGGUCCACAGGCCGUCUCCCCUAGCAGCACAGAAUAAGGACCUCGCCUUCUAUUCUCCUAGACGUAGCUCCUCAUACUCGGCUCCCUCGGUUCUCAUUUGCGCUCUAAUCUAUAUCAGCGGGCUUAGGUCUCCUUAGCGAUGAGGCCAAUGAUCCUCGAUCAGGCCCGUUGAUCCUCUACUAGGACUCCUAGAGUCAACGCAUCGGAUUCAGGCCUGCUUGCCCGUGAAGCCAACGCAAAUGUUUCACUUUUGACAUCCGUCAACUAGUUUUCGUGCGAAGUGGUGAAAGAUAUAGAGUUCAAGAUGGGGGCGUACUUGUCACGUCCAGUAACGGAUAAAGAGUCAGAGAAUGGCGAGGACGGUCGUAUGCGGUAUGCGGCCUCGUCAAUGCAAGGCUGGCGAAUGACCAUGGAGGAUGCGCAUGCAGCGGUGCUGGAUACUAACGGGGAUGGAAGGCCAGAGGUGUUUGCCGUCUUCGACGGUCACGGGGGCAGCGAGGUGGCGGCGUUCUGUGGCCGGCAUCUGCCAGCCCAGCUCGCCAAGGCUCUCGAGGCCAACCCGGGGGACAUUCCCAAGGCUCUCACAGCCACCUUCUUCAGGAUGGAUGAGAUGAUGGCGUUGGAGGAGCACCGGGAGGAGCUGCGGCAGCUGGCGAGUGCAGGCAAGGAGAGCGAGGAUGCAAGGAUGCGGCAGGAGGAGAGAGAGGCGCGGCGAGGCGAGGGGGAGCGCAGUGCGCUGGUCGCCUCGGUGUUUGGCGCUGGGGGGGGGGAGGAGGAUGAGGAGGAUGAGGGGGAGGAAGAGGGGGAGGAGGGGGAGGAGGGGGAGGAGGGGGAGGAGGGGGAGGAUGAGGAGGAAGAGGAGGAGGAGGAAGAGGAGGAGGAGGGAGAGGAGGGAGAGGAAUCGGAUGGGGAGGAUGAGGAGGGAGAAGAGGCGGACAGUGGGAGAGAGACGCUAGGAGAGGGGGUCGAGGGUGGGGAAUCGGGGAGAACAGGAGUAGGAGCAGCAGAGCGUAGAGAGGGCGAGAUGGGGCAAAGUAUGGCGCUCGAUCAGGAUGGAGUUAGAGCAGAGGGUGGCAAAAGCGGAGGAGACUGUAAAGGGGAUGAGUGUAAGAGAGAGGGACUAAAUGUAGACCAGGGGAAGGAGCAGGGGAAGGAGGAGGGGAAGGAUCAUGAAAAUGAGCGAGGGAGAAGCCGGGCGAAUCGGAAAUCAAAGCCUAGGAGAAGCACCAGCUCGUUAGCAGCACAAGAGAAGGGCACUCCAGCAGAAGGAGAGGAGAAAGCCAACACGGCCAGAGCCCAGGCAGAAAGAGAGGAGAAAGCCAACUCAGCCAGAGCCGAGGCUGCCGAAACGGAGGGGAAAGAGGCAGGCACGGCUGAGAGCGGUGAAGGGAAGGGCAAGAGCGGUGGGGGUAAGAAGAAGAAAGAAAAUAAGAGGAAGAGGGAGGGGGAGCGGAAGGGGGGAGGGGCGAGGGCGCGCGUGCAGGCUGCGUUGUCGUCGAGCCUCAUCAAAAUGCUCCUCGCUGACGCUGUUAGGAAGGCCAGGGAGAAGGAGGAGGAGGACGAGAAGGAGGGGGAGGAGAGGGGAGGGGGUGAAGGGCGGAAAGGGGAGAAGGGGGAUAGGGGCGGGAAGAAGGAUGGGAAGGGCGGGAGUAAAGGACGGGUGAAGGGUGGGGAGGCGGAGGAGGGAGAGGGGGUCGAGGGGGAAAAGGAGGAAAGUGCAGAGCGAAUAGAAGAGGAGGGGAGUCGUGGGAAUGAUGCCAGUAAGGAAGGGAAGGAGGAAGGGAAGGAGGUGGUUGGGCAGACAGGGGAUAAGGCGAUAGAAAGGGGGGAUGCGUUGGAGGAUGAAGAUGAGGAGGACGACGAGGGAGCUAAGCCCAUCUUCAUGUUCGGCCGGCGCACUCCCCAGCCCCCCAAGAGCACCUCAUACAGAGGCCCCGAGGCCGGGUGCACAGCGGUGGUGGCGGUGGUGGCGGGGCGGCGGCUGGUGGUGGCGAACGCAGGCGACUCGCGGUGUGUGGUGAGCCGCGGGGGCGAGGCGGUGGAGAUGUCGCGCGACCACAAGCCCACGCUGCCGGAGGAGCGCAGGAGGAUAGAGCAGGCGGGGAAGUUUGUGUCAGAAGGAAGAAUAGACGGCUGCCUCAACCUCUCCCGCGCCCUAGGGGACAUGGAGUACAAGGAUAGGCCGGAUUUACCCCCAGAGAAGCAGGCGGUCACUGCGCUGCCAGAAGUCAAGUCGGUGGAUUUGACAGACAAAGACGAGUUCGUUGUGCUAGCAUGUGAUGGCAUCUGGGACGUGAUGAGCAGUCAAGCCGUGGUCACCUUCGUGCGAUCGAGGCUUGCGAAGGAGGUGCCUCUAACGGACAUCUGUGAGCAGCUCAUGGAUGCUUGCAUGGCAAAGGACGCGCACUCAUCGCCCCUAGGCCUGGACAACAUGACUGUCAUCGUCGCCCAGCUCAAACCGGACAUGUGGAAAUCACCGUCCUAGCCGCCAUGUGCAUGCCGCCCUCAUAGCCUGGUAUGGGGCACAUACCGGCACCAACCCCUAGGCCUGGACAACAUGACUGUCAUCAUUGCUCAGCUCAAACCCGCCACGUGGAAAUAAUCCUCCUCCUAGCCUACCAAGCCUUAGAUCCAAAUCGUCGAAAGGAGAUGACGACAAGCGAAUAAGCUGAAAUGCGUGCCACGUGAUUUUUUUCUCGUAGUGUGCUAUAAUAAUCAUCCUACUCAUGGAUGAUAUAUCAGCAGCACUGUCAUGGCAUGGCAUGGAUGCUGCUAUGCACCUGUAGUGGUGGUAUCUAGGUGUGUAGUGCAUCACAAUAGGAUGACUGCUGGCUUGUGCUAUGGUACAAUGAGACCAAGUGAAGUGAGAUGCCUCAUUUCCAUGGAAUGGGAGAUUACCCUGCUCUGCAACUUGGU